CAGGACGAGCGCGGGAAAUCUUGACGUGACGCAGUCACUUGAAAAAGCUCGAAGUUUGAAAAGAAUAUUAAGAGUAUUUGAAUAUUUGAAAUUAAUUUCUAAAUAUGACCGAUGUAACAGAGCCCGAGUUUGAGUUAGAAGAGCAAUUUAUCCUGAGACUCCCUUUAGACGAAGCUGCAAAAGUUCGAGAAACCCUUCGCACAAAACCGGAAAAACUAAAAAAAAAUUUAAAAAUAAAACUAGAUACCUCCCUAGAUAUCGGUACAGUGACUAUAGGAAAAAAGAAACUUUAUGCUUACCUUAGAAAAUUUCCUACCAUAAUAGAAUCAUAUAAGACCAAUUUAGGAAAUGAUACGGCCACUAUUUUUAAGACAGCAGAUGUUUCUCAUAUGUUGGAGUGUUUUCACGAGCCCCUUCCACAUUUUAAAAAAGAAUCUCCACAUGGAUACACUCCUCCUUUAAAAAAUGUGAAACACAGAAGAUUUAGGAAAACACUAGUAAAUCCAGAAGUAGCUGAAGAAACUGAACUUGUGACAAAGGAACUUUAUUAUUUGCUAAGUACUGACAUGGAAGCGGUUUCAACAAGAUUUGAAGUUCACUAUGAGGAACAAGAUGGAGGGGAUAGUGCCAGAAACCAAACAGAUUGUAACGAACAACUUAUACUUAACCCGAGUAUUCAAGAGAACAUGCUUUUCGGACAUCUCUCCUCAAGUGAGACUGAUUCCGAAAUCGACGUAAGUUUGUAUAAUUCCAUGUUCAAUUUCGACUUACCUGAAUAAUUUUUUACAGCCACUGUAAAAAAGAUAGAGAAAACUUAAUUUGGAAAGCCUGGAAAUCGCCAAAGAUUAUUUCCAAUUCCUUUAAAACAUAAAGAAUUGAUGUCGAGUGUCUGGAACAAAAGAAAACUCUAAAGGGUCUGCAACCAAAAUUAAUUGCCUAGGAGAUAUGCAAAAUUAAUUCUAGGAAUAAAAAUAAUGUAACUUAAUUAUUUCAAACAGAAUAAAAUUGAAAAAAUUAGUCCAAAAGACUGGAA